AUGGCAUCAGAGCUGUGGGAGAGGAAGCUGUGCGCCCAUCCCAGACUUGAGAUCUACAAAGAAGACCGAAUCUAUUUUGUGUGUCCCCUUGCCCGCCAAGGCGACUUUUACGUGCCUGAAAUGAAAGAGCUGGAGAGGAAGAGCAGGGCUGUGGCAGCUGAGGCUGAAGAUGCCCAGACAGACAUCACAGGGGCCGACACUAUGAGUGAGACCAGCUCUAUCAGCCUGGAAGCCACAACUGGCAGCAGAGACACCUCGGUGGCCACCUCCAUCCUGUCACCGUUCCCAGCCGGCCGCGGCCGGGAGGAGGCUGACAAUCGUAGUGAGCACAGCUACAGCGAGUCCGGAGCCAGUGGCUCCUCCUUUGAGGAGCUGGACCUAGAAGUCACUGGGGAUGGGGAGGGAGCUCCGGGCCUGCUACCUGACUUGGGCUAUGCAGAAGACCAGGAGGUCACAGGCAAGUGGACCAAGGAGCCCGUUGCUGCUGAGAGAGGUGAAGAGUAAAGCAGAGACCUGGUUUCCUCGCCUUUCAUAGGGAUUUGAAGUACCAAGAACUGGCUGUCUUUGCUGUCUCCUUCCUCUCCAGCUAAGAGAUUUAAGUUACUGAUUCCUCCUGGGACCCACUCUCCCUCUUUGCAGAAAGGGUGUUUGAAUGUUACAGGGACGGACGGUUCAGCCGUGGGGUUGGAGCUGGGAGGCAGUGGGUGUCCUACAACGCUAGGGUGUGCUGGGGUAGGUGCAGGCUGGUGGGCAGCAAAAUGCAUUUGCAGUUUAUGUGUCUCUAGUUGCCUUGCAAAUUCUCUGCAGGCAUCUUUGGGUAUGUAUGUGCAUUGCACAGUUUUCCCCUCUCUCUGUUCUCUCUGUCGGUGCCCCUCCCUCACCCACAGCAUAUUUCUCUGUCACACAGGUGUGUGUUUUCUAGCACCAAAGAGCAAUGAAUAGGGUUGGUUGAUUUUGUUCCCCCCUUCUCUUUUCCUUGCUGAGAAUUGAAACAUCCAAUGUAAAAUUGUCCUCCUGAAACUGCCAUGGGAGCUUUUGGAAUCUCUAAUAAAGUGGAUGCUUUUCCUCUGA